AUGACGGAAAGCAGUGGGAGGGCGUUUGCCUUAGCCAUCUCAGUUUUAAUGGUGGUGACAGGUUCUCUGAAUACGAUCUGCGCGAAAUGGGCGGACAGUCUCAAAGCUGACGGUGUAGCUUUCAACCAUCCUUUUCUACAGUCGACUUGUAUGUUUUUCGGAGAAUUCUUAUGCUUAGUCGCAUUCUUUAUUAUUUAUGGUUAUCGAAAACAUCGUUGGAAUUCAGUCAACAUAAGCGGCCAAUCCGGUUCUGUAACUGAUAUUACAUCAGACUCUGAGCCGCAGCUUCCCCAAUUCAACCCUUUUGUAUUUCUGCCGCCAGCAUGCUGUGAUAUUCUUGCAACCUCAAUCAUGUAUAUCGGUUUGAAUCUUACAACGGCUAGCAGUUUCCAAAUGUUGAGAGGUGCUGUUAUCGUCUUCACCGGCCUGCUUUCCGUUGGUAUGUUGGGAGCCCGUAUUCAAGGAUUCAAAUGGAUUGGCAUGAUUUUCGUCAUCCUGGGGCUUGUUGUCGUUGGAGUCACUGACAUCCUUUAUGAUGAUGAUCCACUUGACGAUAAGAACGCCAUUAUCACAGGCAAUUUACUCAUAAUAAUGGCACAAAUCAUUGUUGCCAUACAAAUGGUAUAUGAGCAGAAGUAUCUGAAUCAGUAUGAUGUGCCAGCACUGUUUGCUGUUGGGCUCGAAGGUAUGUUGAUGGAAGGAAUGGGCUUUAUACUUGAGUUUUGCCGCGGAUUACUGAAGGUUUUUAUGUAUGAAAUCUAG